AGUGCACAGCUCAGCUGCGGCCGCGCCGCAUGGCUGGUCGAAGAAGAACUGGAACCGCACGCGUCAACAGAAUGUCUCAGGAUUUAAGGGCAGAGCUCGAGCGGUUCCUGGAGAGUUUGGAGAUCCAGACGCGCUGCGUUGAACACCCUGCGGUAACAGUCGCUCCAUUUCUUUUCUUGAUCAUCCUGCAAUAUGUGCGCGUGUUUGCGUGGCCGUUCCGCGUGUCACAUCCGGCCGAGGUUGGCGUCAGCGUGGGGAGACGCUGCUGCCGUGUGGUGACGUGUGGCGUCUUCCUCCAGGUGUUCACGGUGGAGGAAAUGAUGCCCCACCUGCAGGACGUCAGCGGCGUCGUUGCAAAGAAUCUUUUUUUAAAAGACAAGAAGAAGAAAACGCUCUUCCUGGUUUCGACAGUCCACAGUUGCCAGGUGGACCUGAACCAGUUGGCGAAGAGCCUCGGCGUGGGAGGAGGAAACCUGCGUUUUGCCGAUGAGAGUCUGAUGCUGGAGAAACUCAAAGUGGGCCAGGGCUGCGCCACAGCUCUGGCUCUUCUCUUUGACAAGGAUCUCAGUGUCCAGCUGGUUCUGGACCGAGCCUUGGUGGAGGGCCCUCACCCGCUUGUCUUCUUCCACCCGAUGACCAACACCGCCUCUCUGGGACUGCACCCACAAGAUCUCCUGCGCUUCCUGGAGGAAACGGGUCACAAGCCCAUCCUGCACAACUUCCCCUAGACAGGACCGGCUCGGUCUGGACAGGAGGAAGGACCUGCAACUCUUUUUAUUCGUGGAUCUGUCACGUCACAAUCUCUGACACACGCAGGUGAAGAAGCCUGGAGGAACAAAGCUGGACGGUUUGGCAGAAGUGGCUCCUCCUGCGGCAGCACCUCCUCCAUGGUGUGUGUGUGUGCGUGCGUGUGUGUGUGCGCGUGCGCGCGCAGCUGAAUAAAGCUGUGGUGAGCUCAGCAGCCUGGAGAUGCUGCUCCUAACUAAGGUGUGUGUCUGUCGGCUGCUCUCGCGCUGAGUCUCAGGGAGUCAUGUGACCUGUCUGUCAGCCCUCCUCCCGAUUGCUCUCCAGCCUCCAGAGUCCCAGGAGGUCCAGCGGAGUG